CCGAUAGAGAAAGAGAGAGAGAGAAAGAGAGAGAGAGAGAGGCAGGGAGGGGAUUAGCGGUGUUGCAGCCGUUUCUUCUUCUUUUCAGAGCUUUAACAGCAAAAUCUGUUGAAAAUUUUGCAAGAAGAAGGGAAAUAGAGAUUGAAAGGAUCUGUAGAGAUUAGAGAGAGGUGGAGAGUAGUUUUUUGUUCUCUAACUGUAAUCCUCACCACUCUAUUUUCUUUGGAGUAUUUCUUCUUCAGACUUCUUUACUGGAAUUGGAAGUUUUAGACUUGUUUCCGUUAACUUUUGGUCUCUUGGAGCCAAUCUUCCUGCCUUUCCGACUGCGCAAGCUUUUGUGGUUUCGUCAAAUUGUUCUCAGUUAGGGUUUCUUCUAUGUCUAUUGAUCAUUUGGGGCUUGGUUGAAGAGGGUUUUCAGUUGAUCGGGUUGCGAUCAUCGAUUUUUGUCAGCGUUAUUGUCUUUUGUGUUGGGUUAGUGCCUUGUUUUGUGCUUGGCUGUGGGGUUUUCCUUGUAGACAUGGAAGAGGAUUGCACAUUAGAUUUCAGGAGAGUUCGGCAUCGAUUUGGACGCUUCUGCUGUUGAAAACUGUUUUGUUGGUGUGUUCUGGUUUCUGGUGGUUUGACAUGCGAUUGCCUGGUUUUGUCAUUGGAAGGAGGUAUAUGCUGAGGAUUGUAACUCCAAGGAAGGAAUCAAGAUGUUCUGAGCUGGAAAUGAGUGUGAGGACAUGGUAAAUGGGCGGAAGCAACUCUCCUGUUUCUUUUGCUCAGUUGAGCAGCUAUUCUGGAUACUAUCAGGAAUAGAGCCAGGUUCACCGUGCAAUGUCUCGGUGCUACCCAUUUCCACCACCUGGAUAUGAACCUAAGACUAGGACUGGGAUCAUAGAUUUGUCAACAAAGGAAAAACACGUAGAGAAGAAGCAUAAAAAAGAAAAGAGAGACAAAGAGAAGAGAGGACACAAAGAGAAAAGGAACAAAACAGAUCGAAUCAAAGAUAAACACAAGGAAAAUAAGGAUCAAAAGCAUAAAGACAGGAAAAACGAAAAGGAUAGGGACAUAUGCAGGACAUCACAAGACCGAAAAGCUGAAGGUCUAUCCCAGGGUCACAAUGAGUUACAUAUCAAAGAAAGCUUGCAGAAGACUGAAGAAGAGUUGGGCAAGAGGACUAAAUAUGAUGGGGCAGAAAAUCCAAUGGUUGGGAGCUUCGCAAAUUCGAUUCAAAGAAAGUUCAAAGGGGCGGCGGGCACUGCCAAUGCGUCACUGGGAAACGAAAGAGUUGCGGCUAGCCAGGCGUUUUCUGUUCAGGUUGGUUCAGUGCAAAGAAGAAACGAUAGAAGUGACCCGCCCAUUGAAAAUUUUGCCAUUUCUCUUCAAAAAGAAGCCGAGUAUAUUCGCACAGAGGAGAAUAUAGUGGAGAAUGCUGAAGCUAUAGUGGCUAAUAAGUUCAGAAACUAUGGAAAGAAGGAUCAAGUAGAUACUCUAAAUUGCAAGCCGUUAGCCCCUCAUAAAGACAAUGCAAUUGGUACUGAAUGUGUGGAUGGAACUAUGAAAAAAAGAAAGAACCUCGACACCAAUGGCUAUAUAAAAGAAAAUGAUGAACGGCCUGGAAAGAUACCAAGGCUAUGGGAACUACAUCUCACGGCUCCAUCUAGCAUUUCCUUGAGACCAGAUCGAUUAUUAGAAAACAAGGAAAGAUUGAUAAAUGGCAACGCAAUUUCCAAGUAUCUAAGCCAGAUCUACGCCGUUCCGAAAAUGGUGGAAUUGCCCAAGCUUGAUGACCAGGAAUGGCUUUUCAACCUCCAUGAUUCUCUGCAGAAGUCUAAAACAGAGCUCAAGGCUGAGAAAAUACCUCAGGUAUUUGCCGAGGCAAUGCGGAUUGAUUCGGCUGAUGUAUUAGCUCUUCCAUAUGUAGUUCCAUUCUGAUGCAGAGCCCUGCAUUGGGUACCCAUAUCCACACCCAUCGAUAUCUUAUAUUACCGCUAUCCUCACUAUGUAGUGUGCAGCACUUAACCACGCUGCGACUACGGUAAAUUCUGAUGUGGCUUGAAAGUUUGCAAUCAGAGCAAAGGGCAACAAGCCUCAAGGCCAUCAGUCCGUGGUAGACUGCGUUCAAAAAGCAUAAAAAGUGGGUGGAUAUAGGUGGGUACGGCAUCCCGAAAGUCAUCAUUGAUGGGCGUGGGUGGGCGGGCGAAGCCAGUUCGAGUAAAGCAUGGGUACCCAACCAGGACCCCAUAUAGGGCUUUGUUCUGAUGCUUCUUCCUGAUGUCUAGAGACUGGGGAUUUCUGUUUUCUUUGGUGCUCCUGCCUUCACUUGUUUCUAUUCUUUCAGUUAUGUGUAUUAGGGUUUUAUAAAGGAAGUUUGUGUCACAUAUGCUAGCAUUCUCUUGGCAAUACUGAUACUGCAUUGAAAGAACAGACCAUGGAAAUCCUGGAGUGACUUACCAAUUACAUCACAAUUUUGAUUUUGAUUUGUAAAUCUUUUUAGUAGAAGAAAAUGUACAAUAGAAAAGAGAUGAAAUAGGCUAUUGUUAUUCAUUUAAAUCA